AAAUUCUGUAGAUGGCAAACAACAACACAAACAACCUCGCCCUGCGUUCCAUUCUGGAUAAAGAUAAAUUGAACGGAACAAACUUUGUUGACUGGCAACGCAAUCUCUCCAUUGUUCUCCGCAUGGAUGAGAAAGAGUAUGUGCUCGAAAAGCCCAUUCCUCCUGCCCCUCCCGCUAACGCCUCGAAAGCGGUUAAAGAUGCCUACAAGAAACACGUUAAGGAUGACAACCAGGUUAGCUGUGUCAUGCUGGCUACCAUGAUAACCGAGCUGCAAAAACAGCACGACGACAUGAAGGCCCACGAGAUGAUCGUGGCCUUGCGGCAGCUAUACCAAGGGCAAUCCAGGCAUGAACGUUUUCUCAAGGAGAUGGCAACGGACCUGAUCGUGCAGUCGCUCCCUGAGCUAUAUAAGGGUUUUGUCAUGAACUACAUGAUGCAUGAUCUUGACAAACCCCUUCCGGGGCUUCUUAAAAUGCUCGAGACAGCAGAGGAGAACCUUACUAAGGGCAAGGGUGCUUCCGUCCAUAUGGUCCAAGGCGGAAAGGGGAAGCCGAAAAAGGGGAUUAAGAUUAAGGCUAGGACGGUCGGAAAGCCUAAAUCGAAGUCAACUUCAUCUACAACCCAGAAACCCGUAGGAGGAGUUGCAAAGGGCAAAUGUCAUCACUGUGAAUCAUUCUGGGGGUAUGCGCUGAGCACUGCAAUAUAUACUCUUAACCGAGCUCCAACCAAGGCGGUUGAAGGAACACCAUACCAGCUAUGGACGGGGAAAUGCCCUGUUCUGUCACACUUAAAGAUUUGGGACUGUGAGGCUUACGUCAAACGUCUUAUGACGAAUUGCAAGCUUGACGCCAGGUCUGAUAUGUGUUUCUUCGUGGGAUACCCUAAGGAAACUCAUAGGUAUUCAUUCUAUCACCCUAUCAAUAAGAAGGUAUUCGUUGCUUGCAAUGGUGUCUUCCUCGAGAAGGAAUUUCUCUCCCACGCAACUAGUGGGAGAAAGAUAGAGCUCGAAGAAAUUCGAGACGACGAAGAAACUACCGCGCCGGUUCAGGAACAUGAGCUAGAGGAACAAACCGUUGUACCUCAAAAUGCUCAAGAUACACAAGAACCCCACAGGUCUAACCGGUUACGCACACAACCUGUAAGGUAUGGAUUCAUCCUAACCUUUGAGGGUGACGUAAUCCUUAUCGACCAGGAUGAGCCGGAGACCUACCUCGAGGCAAUCAGUUGUCCCGAGGCUGAGGAAUGGCGUCAAGCCAUGCAGUCCGAAAUGGAUUCCAUGUACACCAACCAAUUGGUGAGCUUUGCAUUGACAGUUGAUCUCUUCUUCUUGAAGCUUACUAUCCAGCGAACACCUCCUAGAAGCCAAAUCGCGUACUAAAACUUAUAGUAGUAAGAAAUUUGUACCUUUCUCCGUAAGCGGUAAAAACGAAGAAGUCGUAGGAAGAGCGUUGAAAGUGCAAACGUAACCGUUCAAGCGUCCGGUCUCCAACUUUGACACACGAACAACGCCGGAGUCUACCACAAUCUUUAUGCUAGUAAAGAUUAUAGUAGUAUAAAAUAUAAAGAUUAAAACUGGGAUAAUAAU